AGGCAAGCAGAAGCAGAGUUUCCAGAUUUCUGACUCAACAAAUAUCAUGACACAGUACGUUUUCGAAAUGGGCAUGACAUGCAAUGGCUGUGCAAAUGCUGCGCGAAAAGUUCUAGGAAAGCUUGGAGAAGACAAAAUCAAAAUUGACGAUAUUAACGUGGAAACCAAGAAAAUCACAGUUACAACUGAUUUACCAGCAUCUGAUGUACUUGAAGCUCUGAAGAAAACAGGAAAAGAGAUCAAGCAACUACAAUAAAUGACCCUUUUGAUUGUCUCUUUAAUUUCUAUCCGAAUGGUUGUGAAUAUCGUUAUUUUUUGACAUUUCUGUAAUUUUUGUAUUAAUUUAUGACUCUUGCUUGUAAAAUUGUCCUAUUCUAAAAAUAAACGCAUUUUCU